ACAGCGGAGAGUCCGGGGCCGGGAAGACCGUGAACACCAAGAGGGUCAUCCAGUACUUCGCGAGUAUCGCCGCUGUCGGGGGGAAGAAGGAGCAGCAGGACCGGGCGGGGAAGGGAACGCUGGAGGAUCAGAUCAUUCAGGCCAAUCCGGCUCUGGAAGCAUUUGGGAACGCGAAGACCCUUCGUAACGACAACUCGUCCCGAUUCGGAAAAUUUAUCCGAAUCCAUUUUGCAGCGAAUGGAAAAUUAGCUUCAGCCGAUAUCGAGACGUAUCUCCUGGAGAAAUCCCGGGUCACUUUCCAGCUGAGAGCGGAGAGAGAUUAUCACAUCUUCUACCAGAUCCUGUCUCAGCAAAAACCCGAACUGCUCGAAAUGUUGCUGAUCACAAACAACCCCUAUGAUUACGCCUUCAUCUCUCAGGGGGAGACAACUGUGGCUUCUAUCGAUGAUAAGGAAGAAUUAAUGGCAACGGAUAGUGCCUUUGACGUCCUCGGCUUCACCCAAGAGCAGAAGAACGGGAUUUAUAAGUUGACGGGAGCCAUAAUGCACCACGGAAACAUGAAGUUCAAGACCAAGCAACGAGAGGAACAGGCGGAGCCCGAUGGCACUGAGGAGGCUGACAAAGCAGCUUAUCUCAUGGGCCUGAACUCCGCUGACCUCCUGAAAGGUUUGUGUCAUCCUCGGGUCAAGGUCGGGAAUGAGUACGUGACCAAGGGCCAAACUGUCCAACAGGUGUAUUAUGCGGUCGGAGCUCUAUCUAAGUCGGUCUACGAGAAGAUGUUUAACUGGAUGGUGGUGAGAAUCAACUUGAGUUUGGAUACCAAACUUCCGCGACAGCAUUUCAUCGGUGUUUUGGACAUCGCAGGAUUUGAGAUCUUUGAUUUUAACAGCUUCGAGCAGCUCUGCAUCAACUUCACCAACGAGAAACUGCAACAGUUUUUCAACCACCACAUGUUUGUGCUGGAGCAGGAAGAGUACAAGAAGGAGGGCAUCGAGUGGGAGUUCAUCGACUUUGGGAUGGACCUUCAGGCCUGUAUCGACCUCAUCGAGAAGCCUAUGGGAAUCAUGUCCAUUCUGGAGGAAGAGUGCAUGUUCCCCAAGGCCAGUGACCAGACCUUCAAGGCCAAACUGUACGACAAUCAUCUGGGGAAAUCCAACAACUUCCAGAAGCCUCGUAUAGUGAAGGGAAAGCCUGAGGCCCACUUCGCUCUGGUCCACUAUGCGGGGACAGUGGACUACAAUAUCUCUGGGUGGCUGCAGAAGAAUAAGGACCCUCUGAAUGAGACGGUGGUGGGACUGUACCAGAAAUCCUCCAUGAAGAUGUUGGCCACACUCUUCAUAAAUUACGCUGGGGCCGAUUCGGCUUCCGAGACGAAGGGGAAAGGGGCAAAGAAAAAGGGUUCCUCGUUCCAGACAGUGUCAGCCCUGCACAGGGAGAAUCUGAACAAGUUGAUGACUAACCUGAGGACAACUCACCCACAUUUUGUUCGCUGUCUGAUUCCCAACGAGAAAAAGGAACCGGGGAUGAUGGACAACCCGUUGGUUAUGCACCAGUUGAGGUGUAAUGGAGUCCUGGAGGGCAUCAGGAUUUGCCGGAAAGGUUUUCCCAACAGGAUUCUGUACGGAGAUUUCAAACAGAGAUACCGUAUCCUGAAUCCCUCCGCUAUUCCAGAGGGACAAUUUAUCGACAGCAAAAAAGGCGCUGAAAAGUUAUUGGGGAGUUUGGACAUCGACCACACUCAGUAUAGGUUCGGUCACACCAAGGUGUUUUUCAAGGCCGGACUUCUCGGGCAGUUGGAGGAGUUGAGAGACGAGCGAUUGGCCCGAAUUAUCACCCGGAUCCAGGCUCAGUCUCGUGGUCUCCUCAUGAGGAUUGAGUUCAAGAGGAUUGUGGAACGCAGGGAUGCCCUCCUCGUGAUCCAGUGGAAUAUCCGAGCCUUCAUGGGGGUGAAGAACUGGCCUUGGAUGAAGCUCUUCUUCAAGAUCAAACCUCUGCUGAAGUCCGCGGAGACGGAGAAGGAGAUGGCCAACAUGAAGGAGGAAUUCCUGAAGCUGAAGGAGGCCCUGGAAAAAUCCGAGACCCGGAGGAAGGAACUGGAGGAGAAAACCGUCUCCCUCCUCCAGGAGAAGAACGACCUCCUCCUCCAAGUCCAGUCGGAACAGGACAACCUGACGGAUGCCGAGGAGCGCUGUGACCAGCUGAUCAAGAACAAGAUCAUGCUGGAGGCCAAGAGCAAGGAACUGACCGAGAGGCUGGACGACGAGGAGGAGAUGAACGCUGAGCUCACCGCCAAGAAGCGCAAGCUGGAGGACGAGUGCUCGGAGCAAAAGGACAUCGAUGACCUGGAGCUCACGCUGGCCAAGGUGGAAAAGGAGAAGCACGCCACCGAGAACAAGGUGAAGAACUUGACCGAGGAGAUGGCCGGGUUGGAUGAGAUCAUCGCCAAGUUGACGAAGGAGAAGAAAGCUCUUCAGGAAGCUCACCAGCAAACACUGGACGAUCUUCAGGCGGAGGAGGACAAGGCCAAUUCCCUGAGCAAAGCUAAGGCCAAACUGGAGCAACAAGUGGACGAUCUGGAGGGCUCCCUGGAGCAGGAGAAGAAAGUGAGGAUGGACCUGGAACGGGCCAAGAGGAAGCUGGAAGGGGAUCUGAAGCUGACGCAGGAGAACGUGAUGGAUUUGGAGAACGACAAACAGCAGAUUGAGGAGAAGCUCAAAAAGAAGGAUUUCGAGAUCAGUAAUCUGACCAGUAAGAUUGAGGAUGAACAAUCUUUGGGAAUGCAACUCUCAAAAAAACUGAAGGAACUUCAGGCCAGGAUAGAGGAGUUGGAGGAGGAGCUGGAGGCCGAGAGAGCAGCGAGGGCCAAGAUGGAGAAGCAGCGUUCAGACCUGUCCCGGGAACUGGAGGAGAUCAGCGAGAGGCUGGAGGAGGCCGGUGGGGCCACCUCGGCCCAGGUGGAGAUGAACAAGAAGCGGGAGGCCGAGUUGCAGAAGCUGAGGCGGGAUUUCGAGGAGGCCACCCUCCAGCACGAGGCCACCUCGUCCGCCCUCCGCAAGAAGCACGCCGACUCGGUGGCCGAGCUGGGCGAGCAGAUAGACAACCUCCAGAGGGUCAAGCAGAAGCUGGAGAAGGAGAAGAGCGAACUCAAGCUUGAGGUGGAUGACGUGGCCUCCAAUAUGGAGCACAUCGUCAAGGGCAAGGCGAACCUGGAGAAGAUGUGCAGAACUCUGGAAGAUCAGAUGAACGAAUACAGAACGAAAUCGGAGGAGGGUCAGCGAACUCUCAACGAUCUCUCUGCUCAGAAAGCUCGUCUCCAAACAGAGAACGGGGAGCUGUGCAGGCAGCUGGAGGAGAAGGAGAACCUUGUAUCUCAGUUGACCCGGGGGAAGGUGUCCUACACCCAACAGGUGGAUGACCUGAGGAGACAGCUGGAAGAGGAGGUCAAGGCUAAGAAUGCUCUAGCUCACGCUGUCCAGUCUGCCCGACACGAUGCUGACCUCCUGAGGGAACAGUAUGAGGAGGAACAGGAGGCCAAGGGGGAGCUGCAGAGGCUCCUGUCCAAGGCCAACUCCGAGGUGGCCACGUGGAGAACCAAGUACGAGACCGACGCCAUCCAGAGGACAGAGGAGCUGGAGGACGCCAAGAAGAAGUUGGCCCAGAGGCUACAGGAGGCGGAGGAGCAGGUCGAGGCCGUCAAUGCCAAAUGUUCUUCGCUGGAGAAAACCAAACACCGUUUGCAGAACGAGAUCGAGGACCUGAUGAUCGAUGUGGAGAGAUCCAAUGCUGCUGCCGCGGCCCUGGACAAGAAGCAGAGGAACUUUGACAAGGUGCUGUCGGAGUGGAAACAGAAGUAUGAGGAAUCGCAGAGUGAGCUGGAAGGGACACAGAAGGAGGCGCGCUCCCUCAGCACUGAACUCUUCAAGCUCAAGAACGCUUAUGAGGAGUCACUCGACCACCUGGAGACCCUCAAGCGAGAGAACAAGAACCUGCAAGAGGAGAUCUCGGAUCUGACGGAACAGCUGGGAGAGACCGGGAAGAGCAUCCACGAGCUGGAAAAGGUCCGGAAACAGUUGGAUCAGGAAAAGCAGGAUUUGCAGUCCGCGUUGGAGGAGGCCGAGGCCACCCUGGAGCACGAGGAGGGUAAGAUUCUCAGAGCCCAGCUGGAGUUCAACCAGGUGAAGGCCGACAUGGAGAGGAAGUUGGCAGAGAAGGACGAGGAGAUGGAUCAGGCCAAGAGGAACCAUCUCAGGAUGGUGGAAUCUCUCCAGACCUCGCUGGAGUCCGAGACCAGGAGCAGGAACGAGGCCCUCAGGGUCAAGAAGAAGAUGGAGGGAGACCUGAACGAGAUGGAGGUGCAGCUGAGCUUGGCCAACCGCCAGGCCUCCGAGGCUCACAAGCAGGUCAAGCAGCUCCACAUCACUCUGAAGGAUAUUCAAGUCCAUCUGGACGACACUCUGAGGGGCAACGAUGACCUGAAGGAGAACAUUGCGAUGGUGGAGAGAAGGAACAACCUCCUCCAGGCUGAGCUGGAGGAGCUCAGAGCCGUCAUCGAGCAAACAGAGCGGACUCGCAAGCUCGCCGAGCAGGAACUGAUCGAGACGAGUGAGAGAGUUCAACUGCUCCACUCCCAGAACACAGGUCUCAUCAACCAGAAGAAGAAGCUGGAGUCAGACAUUAUUCAGCUCCAGACGGAGGUGGAGGAGGCCAUUCAGGAGAGCAGGAAUGCAGAGGAGAAAGCCAAGAAAGCCAUCACUGAUGCGGCCAUGAUGGCGGAGGAGCUGAAGAAGGAGCAGGACACCAGCUCCCACCUGGAGAGGAUGAAGAAGAACAUGGAACAAACCAUCAAAGACCUUCAGCACAGACUGGACGAGGCUGAACAGAUCGCCAUGAAGGGCGGCAAGAAACAGAUCCAGAAACUGGAGGCUCGGGUACGCGAGUUGGAGGGUGAGUUCGAAGGAGAGCAGAGGAAGAGUUCAGAGUCCAUCAAAGCCGUCAGGAAAUACGAGAGGCGUGUCAAAGAGUUGACAUAUCAGUCUGAGGAAGAUAGGAAGAACUUGAAUCGCCUUCAGGACUUGGUGGACAAACUGCAACUCAAAGUGAAAGCCUACAAGAGAUCAUCGGAGGAGGCGGAGGAACAGGCCAACAGCAACCUGGGAAGGUUCCGGAAGAUCCAGCACGAGCUCGACGAGGCCGUGGAGAGAGCGGACAUCGCGGAGAGUCAGGUCAACAAACUGAGAGCCAAGACCAGGGAGGUCACCAGCAAGAGAACCAUGGACGAGGAAUAACAGAAAUGGGUUUCUUCUCUCUCGCUCGUGCUCUCUCUUUCUAUGGACACCCCCUCGAACGUGGACAGACCCUGGCGUAAAGCGUACAGCAGUCGCCGUCCGACACCCCCUCUCUCUCCCUCCCCCCUCUCCCCCUCUCCCCCCUAAUUAAACCCCUCGACAAUUGAGGACAGCAAAUAAACCCUUUUAUUCUCCUA